AUGCCCCAUCUUUGGCUGAGGAACGAUGCACUGGCUGGUCUGGCAGGUCAGGCAAGUAUAGCCAAACGACCAAUAAAGAGGCCUGUUCCUUGCAACUUUGAGCCAGCUAGAACACUCAAAAUGGGGAGAAGAAAGGGAUACCAGCAGCCGCUGACUGUGAGUGAAAUUUUGAAGGGAAUUCCGCGACUGGGCGCGAUCGCCAUCUGCGUGUUCAGCUACUGA